UAAUAAAAAUGAAGAUUUAGACCCCAACAAAGGAGACUCUGCGAAUAUCUCGAAAGCAAGCCCGAUUUCAUUGAACAAGAAGGCAACAAACAUGCGUCGCAAAGGGGUAGUUGAGAAUGAUACUGAAAAAGAGAAGACAAACGUGCAUUCCAAAGAUCUCAUGAAAAAGGCCUUAAACUAAACUUAGGAUGUCUAUUGAACAAGCCAACUCUAAUGUUAAAGGCAUUGAAUUUGGUAAGCCAGUUUUAGAGAUGGAAGAUAACUCACUCCAUGAGUCUGAAAUUGAGGAUGAAUAUUAUGAGAAUUCGUUGCCACAAGAAAAUGAAAAAUUAAUUCCAAAUUUGAAUGAGGUACCCAAGUGGAUUAUCAGAGUAAACGAACCAUCUAGAGUAAACUGGGAUCUCUUCGUCAUGUGACUAGCCACUUGGAAUUGUAUCUGGAUUCCUUUUGAGAUUGCCUUUGAUCCAGCUGCUGCGAAUGGGGUGAUAAUACAAGUUACUGAUUAUAUUAUUGACUUCUUCUUUUUCAUUGAUAUUAUUAUCACAUUUAGGACAACUUAUAUAAAAGGAUCUUCUGGUGACGAGAUAAUGGAGCCGAAGAAAAUUGCCAUUCAUUAUCUCAAGAACAGGUUUAUCAUUGAUCUGCUCUCUAUCUUUCCUUUCGGAUUCAUAAUGGGCAGCAAAAAUGUAGAGAUUCUGAAUAUAUUCGGUAUCUUGAAAGUAGCAAGAGUGCUCAGACUCGGAAGGAUUAUUAAUGUCUUAAAUGCUAGACAAGAGGUUAAGCUCACGUUGAAGCUAUGUAAUCUUGUCUUCUCACUGAUCCUAUACAUACAUUUAGCUGGAUGAACCUGGCACUAUAUUUAUAAAGAUACAAAGGACUGGAUCCCUCCAUUGGAUUAUAUGUUUGUGGAGACAGAUUUGUACGAUCGCGAUACUUUAUACCAAUAUUUGAUUGCUUUCUAUCACUCAGUAAUGAUGCUUAAUGGCAAUGAGGUCGGACCGAGAAGUUUCCUACAAUAUGUGUUUGUUUCUGCCUUUCUUAUGGUCGGAGCUAUUCUUCAAUCUAAUAUUUUUGGAAACAUGGCUGUUCUUCUCCAAGAAAUUAACAAGAAAUCUUCAAGGUUUAAAGAGAAGCUAGAUACUGCAAAGACUGCUGUUAAAAAUUUAGGGCUUCCUCCUGCAUUUGAAAACAAAGUUAUCAACUACCUCAUCUACACUGAAGGCAACCUAGACAAGCAGAGAGAGUUUGAAUUGAUGAACAAUAUGAUUUCACCUAGUUUGAAGAUGCAGAUCAUUAGAAACAUUUUCUACAAAAUUGUGAUAUCUAAUCCUAUAUUUGGAGGAGGAAAUCAGGACCUCAUUGAGCAUGUUUUGCAAACAAUUUCAACCAUUUCUUUCCUUCCAGAAGAUUCUAUAAUCAAGCAAGAUGACGAUGGAGAUAAACUUUUCUUCUGCUAUCAAGGUGAAUUAGAGGUUUUGAUUGCUGACGAGAAUUCUGAAGUCAACAGAACAAAUAUUCUUAGUCCUGGAGCGAUGUUUGGGGAAAUAGCUUUGAUUUCUAAUUGCAAGAGGACUGCCACUAUUAAAUGCUUGAACUACUGUACCUGUGCUGCUCUGACUGAUGAUCAGUUAAGAGAUAUUACUAGGAAAUAUCCUGAGAUUAUGAGCAAAUUUAAAGCUAGGAGAUCCCAAUACAAUGAUUGCUGGAAAUCAUUUAUGAAGAAGUUAAUCCUCACUGUUGAGUAUUUUCAGAAGCUGAAGCCUACUACAAUUGAAGACUUGAUAUAUUCGAUGAGGCAAGAGUACAUUGGAACUAAUAGGAUUCUUUAUAAGCCUGGUGAUUGUAUCGAAAAUAUUAGGUUUAUUGUUGAAGGCUCAAUGCAGGUAAUCAUUCAAGAAGUUGUCAUAGACCAUCUAAGGCAGGCUAGCUGAUUAGGUAAAUACUCCAUUCUUGAACCAACUCCGAUAAUGUUCACCAUCAAAGCCAAAGAUAAUAUGAAAGUUCUAUACAUCGAUUACGAAGUUCUAGAAGAAUUAAGAGAAACUCACCCAGACUUGGAUAAGGAAAUGGAGGCUUACGAGAAGUACAUUGAAGAGUACGGUCUGCCCAUCUGUGAUUACUCAAUCCCUUACAAACGUAACGUGAAGACCAAAUUCAAAAACGCUGUUCGAAGAGCCAUCACUUUCAACGCUUACAAGCACAAGAAGAAAUCCAAACUCUCCAGACUGAUCGAGGAUCUGAGAAAACAGAAGAAAGAGUACGAAGAGAAAGGAGAGAAGAAGAUCAAGCGUGAAGAAUUCAAGAACGAACUUGCCGACCUCAUCUACGAAAAGAUCAAAAAUAUUAUCCCAAAUAGUGAUGACAGCCAGGCUUAUAUAAUGGAGAUUUUCAAGUACAUUAAUAAGAAAAUGGAGGAAGUCACCAACACUUUGGUCGAGCAGAAUGAUUUUAUAGGCUAUGAACUUGGCGAUGAUGAGUCCCAGUACCACAGCGAGUUGGAUAAUCUUGAAGAUCUCGAGAAUUUAGACUUGUUUAAUGACUCAAAGGAGGAACAGAAAGUCGAGAAGACCGAGGGAGAGAAGAUCAAUGAUAGCUUUGCCGAUUAUUUCGGACUAGGGAACUCCCACCAAGACCAGAUCAAUAAAGCCAAAGAGCAGAUGAAAGAGUACAAGCUCAGCCAGUCAAGAAGAAAAUCUAAGAAAUCCAGCCAUGCAGCUUUAGAUAACUUCUUGAAAAUUGAUACUAAUGAAGGAAUGUCUGAGCAAUCAGCUGUGCUUGAUAGUGAGAGGAGCUAUCCUAGGCUAACUUCUAAAGAGAAACAGGAAGCUAUUGACCACGUGAGGAACUUGAACGGAGACCAUUGGUAGUCUUUAAACUAUUCAUU